GCUAUCAUACAUCAUGGUUACAUCGUGACAAAUGGUUCUACUGUCAAUUGUGCCGCCAGCAAUGAUCCCAGUAAGAAAGCGCUGGAGCAUGCUUGUUCCUCUGAUGCGAUUGACGAUGGAUAUGAACGCCCACCUGAGAAAGACCCAGACGAGGUCUCAGGCACGAAUCAGAGUGCAGGGGCCCGAGCAUGCGAGUCCGAAUUGACUCAAGUCGCCCAUUCCAUGUCAGUCGCCGAGUUCCAGGUUGACCCAUGCCCGCUAGAAAUGCUGCAGCGCUCUCCCACCAUUCAAGGAGACACUGGAGUCGUCAGACAGCCCACCCCACACCUAGCAUCUGAGUCGAGCAAGCAACGCGUUGAGUCUCCCAGCCUUGAGUCCUGCAAAGUCCUCAGUGACAUCAAAUACAUUCCGAGUUCCAACUUGAGCAAGCAAGACGUCGAGCCUAAAGAGCUUAGGCCUCACGGCCUUGAUCCAAGCGUGAUUACAGACCAUGUUGAAUACAUGAUGGCUUUGAAGGUCGGAGACGCGAGUGCUGACCACGCAUUGGAGUUUUUCUGCCAGUCAGAGGAUCCUCAUCCAAGAGGACCGAACAUGUAUAUUGUGAUUCCGCGGGCACGAGAGCACGAGGUUAAAGAGCUGAGGCCUCCUGACCUCAGCGACAAGCUCAUUAGCGAAGUUCCAGAUGAGGAAGCCGUUGAGGCCAUGCGAGUAUCAGCCUUGGAUCGUGAGAUCGCCGUGAAUGAUGGGAAUCCUAAGUGCCCAACUCAAGACUGCAAGCCUGGGGUAGAGCGAGGUGUCGAUUGCAUGUUGGGUGUGGAGUUUGGUGCCGAAGCGAGGGAAGUCAGCAACAGCCCACAUGAGCCAGUGAUGCAAGUGGAAAUGAGGCGCACCAUUGUGCCUAAUCCUAUCACUCGACCUGUGGUUCUCCUGGAUCAGUGGCCACGAUGGUACAGAGACGCGUGAAAGGUCCCAGUUGCACAGUAAUGUUGUUGAGUGAUACUGGGUGUGAACCUGACGCAAAGAGCGAGGCUGCUCAAGUCCCUGAGCCUCCAGGAAGCGAUGACAACGAUGUCGAGUUCAACUCAAGUGUAUCAGAAUUGCGCUGUGUCGAUCGCAAGUCAGUCAAACUACCAGAGUUUCAUCCAGAAUUAGGUUGCCGCCACACCGCUUCUGCUAUGUCGAAUAGCAUUGCCCAGCCGAAGGGUCAUUCCACAGACCAAGCAUCCUCCUUGACCAGCUCCGAGCACGAACGCCAAGAGUUUGUGGACAAUACAUGAAGUCACCUGAUGUGGCAAAGACUUUUAGAUGUUACCAGAGCGGAUACCCAGCAUAUUAUUUAUUUAUUCCUUGUCGAUUCUUGGACCAGAGGCAAUCUGUUAGGAUGAUUGGAGGAUAUCGUGAACGAUUAAGA